AUGUUACUUCUCGGGCCUUUCUACUUCCUUCUUGGGGCUUCCGUGGUCUCAGACGCUGCCUUAUCAAACGUCAAUACGGAUCCGAAAGUCGACCCGAAUAGAAAUUGUCAAGUCGACAUACACAUAUACUUGCAUAAUAUCACCGAGGGACAAGAUUUCUUCGCCAUCACGACAAAUCCGAAGUUCUUAAAUGGCACGCAGAUCGUUCAAGCUACUUUUCGUGAACUCCAGUUCUUUGACGCUAUUCUCGAUGACACUAACCGCAUCUUCGAAACUGGGGAAUUCGGCGCCAAUCGUGACAUCAUGACCAUUUCCAAUGAGAACAGAUCGACUGUCUUUUUGGAGUUCAGUGGCCUUCGAUUUUUCAGCGAUCAGAACACCGGAGACCUCAACGCCCAUUGUCCCCUAAAUACCGAGUUUGCUUACUGCGGUAUCGGGCAUGAUUGCAACGCUACAGAACCAGGUGUCUUUAAAACUCUCGAUCCUGUGGCUCUCGCUGAGAGGGAUGUGCAAUGCAUUUUCCCGUGUUAA